AUGGCUUCACCGGAAGCGGCGAUUGUUGCCAAUACGUCCAACAUGCAAAUAGUUCAAAUCCAUCAUUACGCCGAGAAAUCGACGUCGCCGGAAGUCGACAAAUUAUAUCAGGACGAUGCGGUUUGGAUCAUUUCGAGCAGUUUUAUCAUUUUUACAAUGCACUCGGGAUUCGGCCUCCUUGAAUCUGGGAGUGUUUCGGCGAAAGAUGAGGUGAACAUUAUGGUGAAGAACGUGGUCGACGUCGUAUUCGGUGGAUUAUCCUAUUGGUCCGUUGGAUUCGGAUUGUCCUAUGGCGAUUACGAGCCGUUUCGAAAUUCCAUUGUUGGAUUUGGAAAGUUCUUCUACGAUCCGAGCAGGUCAGAGAAUUUUGAUGAGACGGGAAGCAUAAAUGAGGAAGGAUGGUCGUAUGCCUCGUUUUUAUUCCAACUCUCACUUGCUACCACUGCUUCGACAAUCGUGUCUGGAGCUGUCGCCGAACGAGCCAAACUCAAAUCGUACAUUCUGUUGGGCUGCUUGGUUAUUCUCAUUCAAGCACUUCCUGCGCACUGGGUUUGGGAUAGUCAAGGAAUGUUCUAUAAGAUGGGCGUCGUUGAUUUCGCCGGCUGCUCGGCCGUUCAUUUGGUCGGCGGAAUUAUCGGCCUGAUUGCGACGGUGUACCUGAAGCCGCGACGAAAUCGAUUCCACGAAGACAGUGUGCAUCAGAUGAGCAGCCCGACGAAUGCACUAUUGGGAACAUUCCUGUUGUGGUGGGGAUGGUUUGGUAUCAAUGCGGGAUCCGUGUGGGGAAUCACUAGUGGACGGUGGCGAUUGGGAGCAAGAGCUGCCGUUGCCACUAUAAUGGCUUCAAUUGGAGGCGGAGCCACUGCUAUCACAAUCAGCUUCACAAGAACCAAGAAGCUUCAAGUCAACUUUUUAAUCAAUGGGAUUUUGUCAUCAAUCGUCUCGAUUACAGCAAUGUGCGCCGUUUCCCGGCCUUGGCAUGCUUUAUUCAUCGGCUCCGUAUCUUCUGUAUUCUCAAUAGCCGUUUUGCCGGUUCUCGAAAAGCUUCAUAUCGAUGAUCCCGUUGGUAUUGUUCCCAUUCAUUUGACAUCUUCCAUAUGGGGAAUGCUAGCUACCGGAAUAUUUUGUGAAAAAGACAAAAUUCUCGGCGCUGCAACGAACAAUAUGGCCGGCUUAAUCUAUUCCUGGGAUCCUACUUUAUUAGGAGUUCAGGCGCUUUGCACAGUAACAAUUUUGGUGUAUUCGGCGACAACUGGAUUCAUUGUGCUUGUGAUUAUUAGCUGGAGUCCACUGGGAUUGCGCGUAACUGACUAUGAAGAACAAAUUGGUGCUGAUGUCAUCGAGCACGGUUUGGCGGGAACGAAUGUCGCGCGAUACGUACUUGAAAAACCGCUUUCGACAAGAACUUUUCAAACUGUUACCAAAGCGAUUACGAAAUGGAAGAUGCUGGCGAAGCAGAAGAAUCGACAGAAGCGAAUGGAAGCUGCGCGAUUGAAGCGGGAGCAAGAGGAGAGCAGUUUUAUGAAGAAUGGCGGCCUUGCAAAUGGCAAUGGCAAUGUAUUGCAUCGACGUAACACCACCGAUAAUUCGUCGAUGCAGCCAAGCACACCAUCGCAGCAGAAUCAGAUUUUGCCAUCGAGUACAGCAUCAACGGCGCGAUCUUUAAAAUCUGGCGAGGUCGACAAACGAUCGACGCCGACAGUUAUACAAAUGGACACGAUUCGAACAGACGCCGCGCUGUCAAAUCCAGUUGUGCUUGAAGCCGCCCGAAGAUUAUCAUCUUCUUCUGCGCAUUCCGCCGAAUUGUCGAUAAUCCGUAGAGCUGGACAAGCGUUUCCAGACCGUCCUGCGACUUCAUCGAACAUCAUUGUUCGAACAGGCACAUCGGCGAAGUUUGUACGAUCCCCGGCGCCUAGAUCUCUGAGCCCUCCAAUGGAGGAAAAAGACAAAUAA